ACUCUCUCUCUCUCUCUCUCUCUCUCUCUCUCUCUCUCUCGAUGAUCUCUCUUCUUGACUCGAUUCUCGCAUGAACUCACUGCGAUCGCAUUCGCAUGCUCGCUCGUUCAGCACUCGCCGAUGGAGGCCGUUCAGGAUGCUGCCUCGGUCACCACCACCACCAACGGUGCGGCGAGCGCCAAUUCCCCGCCGCCAUUCCUCAGCAAGACCUACGACAUGGUCGACGAUCCCUCCACCGACUCCGUCGUCUCUUGGAGCCGCGGCAACAACAGUUUCGUCGUCUGGAAUGUGCCCGAGUUCUCCCGCGACCUCUUGCCCAAGUAUUUCAAGCACAACAACUUCUCCAGCUUCGUCCGCCAGCUCAACACCUACGGGUUUAGGAAGGUUGACCCUGAUCGCUUCGAAUUUGCAAAUGAGGGUUUCCUUAGAGGUCAGAGGCACCUCCUCAAGAGUAUCAGCAGGCGGAGACCCGCUCACAUCCAUAAUAAUCAGCAACCACCUCAAGUCCAAGGCUCGUCUGUUGGAGCUUGUGUCGAGGUGGGAAAGUUCGGGCUUGACGAAGAGGUUGAAAGACUAAAGAGGGACAAAAAUGUCCUUAUGCAGGAACUUGUUAGGUUGAGGCAACAGCAGCAAGCAACGGAUAACCAGCUGCAAAAUGUCGGACAGCGUGUUCAGGUAAUGGAGCAGAGGCAGCAGCAAAUGAUGUCAUUCCUCGCAAAGGCCAUGCAGAGUCCUGGGUUCUUUUCUCAAUUCGUAAAGCAACAGAAUGAUACCAACAGGCGCAUUGGUGAAGUUAACAAGAAAAGGAGACUCCCCAGAGAGGAAGAAGAAAAUUCAUCUGUUUGCCACAAGUUAAAUGCCCCAGGUGGGCAGAUUGUGAAGUAUCAACCUUCCAUGAAUGAAGCAGCCAAAGCAAUGCUACGUCAAAUCUUGAAAAUGAAUGCGUCCGGGCUUGAACAAUCAUUAACCAAUAAUGAGGCAUUUUUGAUUGAUAACGUUCCUUCUUCCAGUGCUCUGGAAAGCAGGAGCUCCUCAAACCGUACUUCUGGGGUGACCUUAGCAGAGGUUCUAUCGACACCUGGGCAGUCUAAAAGUUCGGCUGAUUCAGGCUUUUAUGGCAGUCAUCCUGCUGGGAUUCCUGAUUCACAUUCUUCUUCAUAUGCAGCAGAGCAUGUCAACGCACAUCAGACUCAAGAGAUACAUGUUCAGGAUUCUCAGCGAGGGACCAUUUCACCUGGCUUAGCUGAAAUGCCAGUGUCACAGGACACUGCAGAUAUCCCUAAUGCAAACUUCUUGGUUUCUGAAACUGCAAGUCCUGGCUAUCUUGAAACUCUGUCGGCAGCUUUAGAUGGGACCAUGGAUGUCGAGUCAGACGCUUUGUCUUCUGGGCAAGAUGUGGAUAUUAUGCUGGAUGAUGUAACUCAGCUUCCAGCGAUCAGUGAUGUUUUCUGGGAACAGUUUCUUGCGGCAAGUCCACUCACUGCAGACACAGAGGAGACUAGUUCGAGCUCUCAUGAAACUGGCAUCACAAAUGAGCAAGAGUUGCAUGCUAAGUCGGAGAAUGGGUUUGACAAGGCUUAUUACAUGGAUCAUCUUACCACACAGAUGGGUCAUCUCACCUCCGACAACAGAACAGGAUGAUAGGGUCUUAUACGCUGUGUAUACAGGAUACUCUUUUCCAGACUAGAGGUGAAUGUUAAUGCAGGACGUGAAUAACAAAUGAUGCCACCACUGACUUUCUUCACUCUACACGAGCUGAGGUCGCCUGUACUAAACCUACUAACCUGAAUUGCAAGUAAACAAUUUUGUGGGCUGCUGGUUGCGAGCAGCUUUCGCAAGCGUGCCCAUUAAUAAUCUAACAGUAGCGUAUUCUUGACUUGUGGAGCAA